GCCCAUGGGGUGAAAUGACUUGCUCAUGGUCUGGUAGCUUAAUCGCAGAUCUGCUUUCUAACUCCUACUUCCAAGACCCGGGAAUCUACGGGUGUUGGAGAAGACCCCUGCUGAAAUCGUCCAGAAGAGCUUUUUGAGGGAGUUUGUGACUCCCGAUUCCCCAGCCCCGGUUCACUUCUUCAGUUGAGAUGGACAUGAUAUAAUCGCCAUUAAGUCAAAGAAUGGCGUCUAGUCCUGAGCUUCCCACUGAAGAUGAACAGGUUUCCUGGGCCAUCGACGAUCUCCAUAUUUCAUUGCAAGCUGAACAGGAAGACACCCAGAAGAAGGCCUUCACGUGCUGGAUAAACUCACAGUUGGCCAGGCACACUUCUCCCUCGGUUAUAUCCGACCUAUUUACAGACAUUAAAAAGGGGCAUGUCCUCCUGGAUCUGCUAGAAGUACUUUCUGGGCAACAGUUGCCUCGGGAUAAAGGAUCUAAUACAUUCCAGUGUAGAAUCAAUAUAGAACAUGCCUUGACAUUCCUAAGAAACCGAUCAAUUAAGCUAAUAAAUAUUCAUGUUACUGAUAUCAUUGAUGGAAACCCAUCUAUUAUCCUUGGCCUAAUUUGGACAAUUAUCCUGCACUUUCAUAUUGAGAAGCUUGCCCAGACUCUUCCUUGCAAUUACAAUCAGCCUUCCCUGGAUGAUGUGAGUGUGGUUGAUUCUUCUCCUACCUCAAGUCCUCCAGCUAAGAAAUGCUCCAAAGUACAAGCAAGAUGGCAGAUGUCUGCAAAAAAGGCCCUUCUUUUGUGGGCUCAGGAACAAUGUGCCACCUAUGAGUCUGUCAAUGUGACAGAUUUUAAGUCAAGUUGGAGAAAUGGGAUGGCUUUUUUGGCCAUCAUUCAUGCCUUGCGACCAGACCUAAUUGACAUGAAGAGUGUGAAGCAUAGAUCCAACAAAGACAAUCUGAGAGAGGCCUUCAGAAUUGCAGAACGAGAAUUAAAAAUCCCCAGAUUGCUGGAACCGGAAGAUGUGGACGUUGUUGAUCCUGAUGAAAAGUCCAUCAUGACCUAUGUGGCACAGUUUCUGCAGUAUUCCAAAGAUGCACCUGGGACUGGAGAGGAGGCUCGGGGAAAGGUGAAAGAUGCUCUGGUCUGGUUAACUCUGCAAAAGGAAAAACUACAGAAGUUGCUAAAGGAUCCAGAAAAUGAUACCUACUUUAAAAAGUAUAAUAGCCUGCUGUCCUUUAUGGAGUCAUUCAAUGAAGAAAAAAAGUCCUUUUUGGAUGUCCUGUCAAUAAAAUGGGAUCCGGAUGAGCUGGACAAGGAUCAUUUACAGUUGAGAGAAGCCUGGGAGGGCCUCGAUCACCAGAUUAAUGCAUGGAAAAUAAAGCUGAAUUAUGCCUUGCCCCCACCCCUCCAUCAAACUGAAGCUUGGCUCCAGGAGGUAGAAGAGCUUAUGGAUGAAGAUUUGUCAGCCUCCCAGGAUCACUCUCAAGCCGUGACUCUGAUACAAGAGAAAAUGACUUUAUUCAAGAGCCUGAUGGAUAGAUUUGCGCAUCAUUCGAACAUUCUCCUUACCUUUGAAAAUAGAGAUGAAAAUCAUUUGCCAUUGGUACCACCUAAGAAAUUGGAGGAAAUGAAAAGACGAAUCAACAACAUUUUGGAGAAAAAAUUUAUUCUACUUCUAGAAUUUCAUUACUACACGUGCUUAGUUCUUGGUUUGGUAGAUGAAGUGAAAUCAAAAUUGGAUAUUUGGAACAUUAAAUAUGGGAGCAGAGAAUCUGUGGAAUUAUUGCUGGAAGACUGGCAUAAAUUUGUUGAAGAAGAAGAAUUGCUAGCUCGACUUGAUACUUCUUUUCAAAAAUGUGGAGAAAUUUAUAAGAAUUUGGCUGGAGAAUGUCAGAAUAUUAGUAAACAGUAUAUGAUGGUGAAAUCUGAUGUUUGUAUGUAUAGAAAAAAAAUAUGUAAUGUGAAGUCCACUCUACAAAAAGUGCUGGCAUGUUGGGCUACUUAUGUGGAAAACCUUCGCUUACUAAGGGCUUGCUUUGAGGAGACAAAGAAGGAAGAAAUUAAAGAGGUACCCUUUGAGACACUAGCCCAGUGGAAUCUAGAACAUGCUACUUUAAAUGAAGCAGGAAAUUUCUUAGUCAAAGUCAGCAAUGAUGUGGUUGGAUCGUCUAUUUCUAAAGAGCUGAGAAGGCUGAAUAAAAGAUGGAGAAAGUUGGUUUCAAAAACUCAACUUGAAAUGAACCUGCCACUGAUGAUAAAAAAACAGGAUCAGCCCACUUUUGACAGUUCUGGAAAUAUUGUAUCUAAAGAAGAAAAAGCAACUGUUGAGUUUUCAACAGAUACGUCAAUAGAACUUCCUGAAUAUUCUAAUCAACAUAUAAAGGCUGGAGAGGAACAUGAAAAAGAAGAUGAAGAAUUCACAGGGCAACUAAAAGUGGCUAAAGAUGUUGAAAAACUCAUUGGACAAGUGGAAAUCUGGGAGGCAGAAGCCAAAUCUGUUUUGGAUCAAGAUAAUGUGGACACCUCAAUGGAAGAAUCUUUGAAGCAUCUUAUUGCCAGAGGCUCUAUGUAUGAUGAGCUUAUGGCAAGAACUGAAGAUACGUUACAAAUGGAUAUACAAAAUAUUUCAAGCCAGGAGUCCUUUCAACAUGUUCUCACAACUGGACUUCAGGCAAAGAUUCAAGAAGCUAAAGAGAAAGUCCAGAUCAAUGUGGUAAAACUUGUUGCAGCAUUGAAGAACUCAACCGACGUUUCACCAGAAUUGGACAUCAGGCUGAAGAUGGAAGAAUCCCAGAAGGAACUUGAAUCAUAUAUGACGAGGGCUCAGCAGUUACUGGGGCAAAGAGAGAGCCCCGGUCAACUCAUUUCAAAAUACAAGGAAGCACUAAUAAUUUAUAAUACAAAGAGUCUGGCCAAGUAUUUGAAAGCUGUUGAAGAACUGAAAAAUAAUGUAACUGAGGACAUAAAGAUGUCUUUAGAAGAAAAGAAUAGAGAUGUGUGUGCCAAGUGGGAGUCUCUUCAUCAUGAACUGUCUUUAUAUGUUCAACAACUGAAAAUAGAUAUUGAAAAAGGGAAGCUUAGUGACAAUAUUUUAAAACUUGAAAAGCAAAUAAAUAAAGAAAAGAAACUUAUCCGUAGAGGAAGGACCAAGGGUCUCAUCAAAGAACAUGAGGCCUGCUUUUCUGAGGAAGGCUGCCUGUACCAGCUUAAUCACCACAUGGAAGUCCUGAGGGAGCUGUGUGAAGAGCUGCCUUCACAGAAGAGUCAACAAGAAGUGAAGAGACUACUCAAAGAUUAUGAACAAAAGAUAGAAAGACUUCUGAAAUGUGCUUCCGAGAUUCAUAUGACACUGCAGCCCACAGUGGGGGGCACGUCGAAAAACGAGGGGACCAUCUCCACAUCUGAGAAUAGAGGAGGGGAUUCCCACAGUGAGGCACCAUUUGCAAAAUCAGAUAAUCAGCCAUCAACUGAAAAGGCAAUAGAAGCCACUAUGAAGUUUAACUUGGCAUCAGAGUUAAAGCCUCCGCAAACAGGAAGCAUUAUGGAAAAGGAUUACAGUGCAUCUGUAAAUAGUUUACUAGAGAGGUAUGAUACAUACAGAGAUAUUCUUGAAAACCACCUGCAAAACAACAAAUUCAGGGUUACUUCUGAUUUCUCUAGUGAAGAGGACAGGAGUAGUUCUUGUCUGCAGGCCAAACUGACAGAUUUACAGGUCAUAAAAAAAGAAACUGAUGUUUGCUGGAAAGAGUUUGAAAUUAUUUCAUUGAAGUUAGAAAAUCAUGUGAGUGACAUAAAGAAGCCUUUUAUCAUUAAGGAAAGAGACAAACUAAAGGAAAGAGAAAGAGAGCUUCAGAUGACUCUUAAUACCAGGAUGGAAUCUUUAGAGACAGCACUGCAGCUUGUGUUACCUGUGGAGAAGGCAUCAUUUCUUCUCUGUGGCUCCGACCUGCCUCUCCAUAAAAUGGCCAUCCAGGGAUUUCAUCUCAUUGAUGCUGAUGGCAUUUAUCAACACCUAAGGAAUAUCCAAGAUUCUACUGCAAAACAGAUUGAAAUAUGUAACCGCUUAGAAGAGCCAGGCAACUUUAUAUUAAAGGAAUUACACCCAUUUGAUCUACAUGCAAUGCAGAAUAUUAUACUGAAGUACAAAACACAAUUUGAAGAAAUGAACCACAAGGUGCAGAGGAGUGAAGAUACUCUGAAAGCUCUGGAAGACUUUUUGGCAUCUCUCAGAACAGCUAAACUCUCUGCUGAGCCCUUUAUAGACCUCUCAGCCUCAGAUACACAGGUGGCACAAGAAAAUACUUUGACAGUGAAAAAUAAAGAGGGAGAAAUUCAUCUGAUGAAAGACAAGGCCAAACAUUUGGAUAAACGUUUGAAGAUGCUUGAUAUGAGCUUUAAAGAUGCUGAAUUGGGUGAAGACACCUCCUGUGAAAACCUUCUUGGUGCUUUAUCAGUAAAGUUACCUGAGACACAUGGCUGUGGGGUACAGGAGGAAUUCACUGAGGAAAACAGAUUACUAGAGGCUUGUAUAUUCAAAAAUAAUGAACUCCGUAAAAAUAUUCAAGAUGUGCAGAGUCAAAUCAGUAAAAUUGGUCUUAAGGAUCCUACUGUUCCCGCUGUGAAACAUCGGAAAAAAUCAUUAAUCAGACUGGAUAAGGUUCUAGAUGAAUAUGAAGAAGAGAAGAUACAUUUACAAGGAAUGGCUAAUUCUCUUCCACACUUCAAAGACGGCAGAGAAAAAACCGUGAAUCAGCAGUGCCAAAAUACAGUACUCUUGUGGGAGAAUGCCAAAGCCUUGGUCACCGAAUGUCUUGAACAAUGUGGAAGAGUUUUGGAGCUCUUAAAACAAUAUCAGAAUUUUAAAAGCAUCUUGACAACUUUGAUUCAAAAAGAAGAGAGUGUCAUCUCCCUGCAGGCUUCGUACAUGGGAAAGGAGAACCUGAAGAAAAGGAUAGCAGAGAUUGAAAUUGUCAAAGAAGAAUUUAAUGAGCAUUUAGAAGUUGUAGACAAGAUAAACCAGAUCUGCAAAAAUCUACAAUUUUAUCUAAAUAAAAUGAAAACUUUUGAAGAACCCCCUUUUGAAAAAGAGGCUAAUAUUAUUGUGGAUAGAUGGCUUGAUAUAAAUGAAAAGACAGAAGACUACUAUGAAAAUCUUGGUCGAGCUCUAGCUUUGUGGGACAAACUUUUUAACUUAAAAAAUGUCAUUGAUGAGGGGACGGAAAAGGCCCUUCAAAAAAUGGAAUUACAUCAAUUGACUGAAGAGGACAGAGAAAGGCUGAAGGAAGAAUUACAAGUCCAUGAACAAAAAACUUCAGAAUUUUCUAGAAGAGUGGCUGAAAUACAGUUUUUGCUCCAAAGCAGUGAAAUACCUCUUGAAUUGCAGGUCAUGGAGUCCUCUAUUUUGAACAAGAUGGAACAUGUACAGAAGUGUUUAACAGGAGAAUCCAACUGCCAUGCACUCAGUGGCAGCACUGCUGAGCUAAGGGAGGAUCUCGACCAAGCCAAGACCCAGAUCGGGAUGACUGAAUCCCUCUUAAAAGCCCUGUCUCCUUCUGACAGCUUAGAGAUCUUCACUAAACUAGAGGAGAUACAACAGCAAAUUCUACAGCAAAAACACAGUAUGAUAUUACUUGAGAAUCAAAUAGGUUGUCUGACUCCUGAACUCUCUGAAUUGAAAAAGCAAUACGAAAGUGUCAGUGAUUUAUUUAAUACCAAAAAAAGUGUUUUACAAGAUCACUUUUCUAAGUUAUUGAAUGAUCAAUGCAAGAACUUUAAUGAUUGGUUCAACAACAUUAAAAUGAACCUUAAGGAGUGUUUUGAAUCAUCAGAAACAAAAAAGAGUGUGGAACAAAAGCUACAAAAACUUUCUGAUUUCUUGACUCUUGAAGGAAGAAACAGUAAAAUAAAGCAGGUGGACAGUGUACUGAAGCAUGUGAAGAAGCAUCUGCCCAAAGCACGUGUGAAGGAGCUAACCAGUUGGCUCGUGGGUCAGGAAUUCGAAUUAGAAAAAAUGGAGUCCAUAUGCCAGGCUCGAGCAAAGGAGCUUGAAGACUCCUUGCAGCAGUUACUGAGACUCCAGGAUGACCACAGAAACCUGAGUAAGUGGAUGACUAAUCAAGAAGAGAAAUGGAAAGGAAUGGAAGAAUCAGGGGAGAAAACUGAGCUGUUCUGCCAAGCUUUAGCUAGAAAGAGCGAACAGUUUGAAUCUGUGGCCCAGUUGAAUAACUCUUUGAAGGAAUAUGGGUUUACUGAAGAAGAAGAUAUAAUAAUGGAGUCAACAUGUUUGAUGGAUAGAUACCAGACAUUACUGAGACAACUAAGUGAAAUCGAGGAAGAGGAUAAGUUACCACCCACAGAGGACCAGAGCUUUAAUGAUCUUGCACAUGAUGUAAUUCACUGGAUAAAGGAGAUUAAAGAGUCCCUUAUGGUUUUGAAUUCAUCCGAAGGCAAAAUGCCACUUGAGGAAAGAAUCCAAAAAAUCAAGGAAAUCAUCUUGCUGAAGCCUGAAGGGGAUGCCAGAAUAGAGACCAUCAUGAAGCAGGCUGAGAGCAGCGAGGCCCCGCUGGUUCAGAAGACCCUCACUGAAAUCAGCAACCAGUGGGACAAUACACUCCAUUUAGCUAGUACCUACCUAAGCCAUCAAGAAAAGCUUCUACUAGAAGGAGAGAAAUAUUUACAAAGUAAGGAAGAUCUGAGAUUAAUGCUCAUAGAACUAAAGAAGAAACAGGAAGCAGGUUUUGCUCUACAACAUGGUCUGCAGGAGAAGAAAGCUCAGUUAAAGAUUUAUAAGAAAUUCCUCAAGAAAGCACAAGAUUUGACAUCCUUGCUAAAGGAGUUAAAAUCUCAAGGAAAUUACCUCUUGGAGUGCACUAAAAAUCCCAGCUUCAGUGAAGAGCCUUGGCUGGAAAUAAAGCAUCUACAUGAAAGUCUUCUUCAACAACUGCAGGAUUCUGUGCAAAACUUGGAAGGUCACGUUCGAGAACAUGAUUCAUACCAGGUUUGCGUCACAGACCUGAAUACUACGUUGGAUAAUUUCUCCAAGGAAUUUGUCAGUUUUUCUGAUAAGCCUGUGAAUCAAAUAGCGGUUGAGGAAAAAUUGCAGAAACUGCAGGAACUAGAGAAUAGACUUAGUUUACAAGAUGGCACAUUAAAGAAGAUUUUAGCUUUAGCAAAAUCCGUCAAGCAAAAUACAUCUUCAGUGGGGCAGAAGAUUAUUAAAGAUGAUAUAAAAUCACUUAAGUGUAAACAAAAAGAUUUGGAAAACAGACUUGAGUCUGCUAAGCAGGAGAUGGAAUGUUGUCUCAAUAGCAUUCUCAAAUCAAAACGCUCAACAGAGAAGAAAGAAAAGUUUACUCUGCCAGGCAGAGAGAAGCAGGCCACUUCUGAUGUGCAGGAGUCUACUCAGGAAUCAGCUGCAGUGGAAAAGUUGGAGGAAGACUGGGAAAUAAACAAGGAUUCAGCUGUGGAAAUGAUUAUGUCAAAACAACUUUCUCUCAAUGCUCAAGAAAGCAUGAAAAACACUGAAGAUGAGCAGAAAGUCAAUGAGCUGCAAAAUCAACCUUUAGAAUUAGAUAUUAUGUUAAGAAAUGAACAAUUAGAAGAGAUAGAGGAAUUAUAUACCCAGUUGGAAGCAAAGAAAGCAGCCAUUAAGCCACUGGAACAAAUGGAAUGUCUUAACAAAACAGAAACUGGGGCCUUGGUUCUUCACAAUAUAGGAUAUUCGGCACAGCCCUUGGACAGUUUGCUUCAGGCACUUAUUACUUUGAAGAAAAACAAAGAAAGCCAAUAUUGUCUCCUCAGAGAUUUUCAGGAACACCUCGCUGCAGUUGAAUCUUCAGUGAAAGCCUUGUUGACAGACAAGGAAAGUCUAAAAGUAGGAUCACUGGACAGUGUAACGUAUCUGGACAAAAUUAAAAAAUUCAUAGCAUCCAUAGAAAAAGAGAAAGAUUCUUUAGGCAACUUGAAAAUCAAAUGGGAGAAUUUAUCAAACCAUGUGACUGACAUGGAUAAGAAAUUGUUAGAAAGCCAGAUUAAGCAACUUGAACAUGGUUGGGAACAAAUGGAACAACAGAUUCAAAAGAAGUAUUCUCAGCAGGUAGUGGAAUAUGAUGAAUUUACAGCCCUCAUGAAUAAGAUACGGGACAUUGAGAUUUCUCUGCAACAGCAGCAGCAACAUCUACACUUAAGGCUGAAGUCUCCAGAAGAACAGGCAUUGAACCAAAGUAUGAUUGCCUUGACCACUGACCUCCAGGCUACCAAGCAUGGAUUUUCUGUUUUAAAGGGGCAAGCUGAACUUCAGAUGAAGAGGAUUUGGGGAGAAAAAGAAAAGAAGAUUUUGGAGGAUGGAAUAAAUAACUUGAAGAAACAAUGGGAAACACUGGAGCCAUUACACUUAGAAGCAGAAAAUCAGAUUAAGAAGUGUGACAAAAGGAACAAGAUGAAAGAGACUAUCUUAUGGGCCAAGAAUUUGUUGGGCGAACUUAUUCCCUCCAUUUCCCUUCUCCCAGAUGACAUUCUUUCACAGAUCAGAAAGUGCAAAGUGACACAUGACGGCAUUCUAGCUAGGCAGCGGUCUGUGGAAUCGUUGGCUGAAGAGGUCAAAGAUAAGGUUCCUAGCCUUACAACCUAUGAGGGCAGUGAUUUAAAUAAUACCCUAGAGGACUUACGGAAUCAAUACCAAAUGCUGGUUUUAAAAUCAACUCAAAGAUCACAGCAAUUAGAAUUUAAGUUGGAAGAAAGAAGCAAUUUUUUUGCGAUAAUAAGGAAGUUGCAACUUACGGUUCAAGAAAGUGAAGCACUGAUAAUUCCCAGAGUGGAGACAACUGCCACGGAAGCUGAACUAAAACAUCACCAUGUUACUUUGGAGGCAUCUCAGAAGGAAUUGCAAGAAAUUGACAGUGGAAUCUCAACACAUCUUCAGGAACUAACAAACAUCUAUGAGGAGCUUAAUGUGUUUGAAAGAUUAUUUCUGGAUGAUCAGUUGAAAAACCUUAAGAUUAGGACCAACAGAAUACAAAGAUUAAUUCAGAAUAAAUGUAAUGAAGUAGAACACAAGAUAAAGUUUUGCAGAGAAUUCCGUGAAAAAACGUCAGCGCUUCAGGAGGAGGUUGACAGUAUACAGCACAAUGAACUACUACUUAAUCAAGAAGUAAAUAAAGGUGUUAAAGAGGAGAUCUAUAAUCUUAAAGACAGACUCACCGCUAUUAAGUGUUGCAUCUUACAGGUAUUGAAACUUAAAAAAGUGUUUGACUAUAUUGGACUAAACUGGGAUUUUUCACAACUUGACCAAUUACAAACCCAAGUAUUUGAAAAAGAAAAGGAACUUGAAGAAAAAAUUAAGCAGUUGGACACAUUUGAGGAAGAACAUGGCAAAUAUCAGGCAUUACUAAGUAAAAUGAGAGCUAUUGAUUUGCAAAUUAAGAAAAUGACUGAAGUAGUACUAAAAGCUCCUGAUAGCUCUCCAGAAAGCAGAUUGCUCAAUGCCCAAAUUUUAAGUCAGAGAAUUGAGAAAGCCAAGUGUUUAUGUGAUGAGAUAAUAAAGAAUUUAAAUGAAAAUAAGGUCUUUGAUGACUCAUUCAAAGAGAAAGAAAUACUACAAAUAAAGCUGAAUGCUGAAGAAAAUGAUAAGUUAUACAAAGUUCUCCAAAACAUGGUAUUAGAACUCUCACCAAAAGAAUUGGAUGAAAAGAAUUUUCAGGACAAACUAGAAACUUCCUUACAUGUUUUAAAUCAGAUAAAAUCUCAAUUACAGCAGCCUUUACUUAUAAAUUUGGAAAUUAAACAUAUUCAAAAUGAAAAGGACAACUGUGAAGCAUUUCACGAGCAAGUUUGGACAGAAAUGUGCAGUAUUAAAGCUGUGACUGCUAUUGAUAAGCAAAGAGAAGAAGAAAAGUCUUCUGAAGCGAGUGAUGUGGAGACAAAACUACGUGAGUUUGAAGAUCUUCAGAUGCAGCUUAACACAAGCAUUGAUUUGCGCACAAAUGUCUUGAAUGAUGCUUAUGAAAAUCUAACACGCUAUAAAGGAGCAGUCACCAGGGCAGUGGAGAGCAUCACUUCCCUCGAAGCCACCAUUAUACCCUACAGAGUAGAUGUUGGUAAUCCAGAUGAAUCUCUAGAAAUGCCUCUUCGAAAACAAGAGGAAUUGGAAUCCACAAUAGCACAUAUCCAGGACCUCACUGGGAAACUGGGAAUGAUAUCCAGCCCUGAAGCCAAACUACAACUUCAGUGUACUUUACAGGAACUAGUUUCUAAGAACUCAGCAAUGAAGGAAACUUUCAAAGCACGGAAAAAUGAGGCAGAAAGGUAUCUUGAGAAUUACAAAUGCUAUAGAAAACUUGAAGAGGAUAUUUACACUAACCUCAGCAAAAUGGAGACAGUUCUUGGACAGUCCAUGUCCUCGUUGCCACUGUCUUACAGAGAAGCUUUAGAGCGCUUGGAACAGAGCAAGGACUUGGUGUCAAAUCUUACAUCAACCAAAGAAGAAUUAAUGAAACUACGACAGAUCCUUAGACUCUUGAGACUCAGGUGCACAGAAAAUGAUGGCAUAUGUUUGCUGAAGAUUGUGUCGGCUCUGUGGGAGAAAUGGCUGAGUUUGCUGGAAGCUGCUAAAGAGUGGGAGAUGUGGUGUGAAGAACUGAAGCAGGAAUGGAAAUUUGUCAGUGAAGAAAUUGAACGAGAAGCAAUUAUUUUAGAUAAUCUUCAGGAAGAACUCCCUGAAAUUUCCAAAACAAAAGAGGCAUACACCACAGAGGAACUCUGUGAGCUGCUAGACUGUUUAUGCCAAUAUGGAGAGAAUGUGGAGAAGCAGCAGCUGUUACUGACUCUACUUCUUCAGCACAUCAGAAGUAUCCAGAAUGUUCCUGAAAGCUCAGGGGCUGUGGAAAGUGUUCCAGCAUUUCAAGAAAUUACUUCUAUGCAACAACGAUGCAACAAGCUUCUUCAGAAAGUUCAAAAAAAUAAAGAAUUAGUGCAGACUGAAAUCCAAGAAAGACAUUCCUUCACAAAAGAGAUAAUUGCUUUGAAGAAUUUAUUUCAACAGACCACAACUUCUUUCCAAAAUAUGGCAUUCCAGGAUCACCCAGAAAAGUCAGAACAAUUUGAGGAGCUUCAAAGCAUCCUUAAGGAAGGGAAGCUAACUUUUGAGAAUAUUAUGGAAAAACUACGAAUCAAGUAUUCUGAAAUGUACACCAUAGUCCCUGCAGAGAUUGAAUCCCAGGUGGAAGAAUGCAGAAAAGCUUUAGAAGACAUAGAUGAGAAGAUUAGCAAUGAAAUCUUAAAAAGCUCACCGUCAUAUGCAAUGAGGAGAAAAAUAGAAGAAAUUAACCAUGGGCUUCAUAAUGUUGAAAAGAUGUUGCAGCAGAAAAGCAAAAAUAUUGAGAAAGCACAAGAAAUUCAAAAGAAAAUGUGGGAUGAGUUAGAUCUAUGGCAUUCCAAACUAAAUGAGCUGGAUUCUGAAGUUCAGGACAUCGUUGAACAGGACCCAGGACAGGCUCAAGAAUGGAUGGAUAACUUGAUGAUUCCUUUCCAGCAGUAUCAGCAAGUAUCACAGAGAGCAGAGUCUAGAACCUCACAGUUGAAUAAGGCCACAGUUAAGAUGGAGGAAUAUAAUGACCUUCUGAAGAGCACUGAGGCUUGGAUAGAAAAUACCAGUCAUUUGCUGGCCAAUCCUGCUGACUAUGACUCUUCAAGGACACUGAGUCACCAUGCUAGCACUCUGCAGAUGGCUUUGGAAGAUUCAGAACAGAGGCACAAUCUUUUACAUUCAAUCUUUAUGGAUCUAGAAGACCUGUCAAUAAUUUUUGAAACAGAUGAAUUAACACAAUCUGUGCAAGAGUUAAGUAAUCAAGUAACAGCAUUACAACAAAAAAUAAUGGAAAGCCUUCCACAGAUUCAGCGAAUGGCUGAUGAUGUGGUUGCUAUUGAAUCUGAAGUAAAAUCAAUGGAAAAAAAAGUUUCAAAAAUCAAAACUAUCCUAUUAUCAAAAGAAAUAUUUGAUUUUUCACCUGAAGAACAUCUUAAACAUGGAGAGGUCAUACUUGAAAAUAUACGUCCCAUGAAGAAAACCAUUGCUGAGAUAGUGUCUUACCAAGUGGAACUGAGGUUGCCGCAGACAGGAAUGAAACCUCUCCCUGUGUUUCAGCGGACAAAUCAGCUUUUACAAGAUAUAAAACUAUUGGAAAAUGUGACUCAAGAACAAAAUGAGUUAUUAAAGGUAGUCAUAAAACAGACCAAUGAAUGUGAUGAAGAAAUAGAAAAUUUGAAACAGAUCUUAAAUAAUUAUUCAGCUCAGUUCUCCCUUGAACAUAUGUCACCAGACCAAGCUGCCAAGCUGCCACAACUACAGGGGGAAAUCGAAGAUAUGGAAAAACAGAUUCUGAGUUUGAACCAAAAAAAAGAAGACCUGUUGGUGGACCUGAAGGCCACCGUACUAAACCUUCACCAGCAUUUGAAGCAAGAACAGGAAGUAGAAAGAGAUAGGCUGCCAGCUGUAGCAUCAGAGGAGGGUGGAGUGGCGGAGAGAGAUGCUUCUGAGUGGAAGUUGAGCAGAAGAGGCUCCAUGUCUUACCUGGCAGCAGUCGAGGAAGAGGUGGAAGAAAGUUCCGUGAAGAGCGAAAAUGGAGAUGAGAAGGCAGAGCCAUCUCCUCAGUCUUGGUCUUCACUUUGGAAGCAUGACAAGGACAUGGAAGAAGACAGAGCUUCCUCAUCCUCUGGAACAAUUGUUCAGGAAGCAUAUGGGAAAAUAAGCAUCUGUGAUAAUUCCAUGGCACAGAUCCUCACACCAGACUCACUAAAUACUGAGCAAGGCCCAGAACGUUCCCUAAAGCCCAACCAAACAGAAGAGGGCACCACACCUCCUAUCGAGGCUCUGGACUCUUCUGACGCGCAAGGAGGUUUGGAGCCCAGGGUGGAGAAAACUAGGCCGGAGCCCGCAGAAGUCCUGCAUGCCUGCAAGACCCAGGUGGCUGAGCUGGAGCUGUGGCUGCAACAAGCCAACGUGGCAUUUGAGCCGGAAACAUUAAACGCAGACAUGCAGCAGGUGGUGGAACAGCAGCUGGUAGGGUGCCAGGCUAUGCUAACAGAGAUUGAGCACAAGGUUGCCUUUCUGUUAGAGACUUGCAAAGAUCGGGGCCUGGGAGAUAAUGGAGCCACUCAACAUGAGGCUGAAGCGCUUUCGCUGAAACUGAAAACAGUGAAGUGCAAUUUAGAAAAAGUCCAGAUGAUGCUUCAGGAGAAGCACAGUGAAGAUCAGCAUCCUACCAUUCUAAAGAAAUCCUCAGAGCCAGAGCAUCCAAAAGCUCUCCAACCAGUUAACCUUUCUGCAUUGGAAUCCAUUGUAACUGAAAGGCCACUAUUCAGCAGACAAAAAGAUUUCCAGCAGCAACAGGUUCUGGAGUUAAAACCAAUGGAACAGAAAGAUUUCAUCAAAUUCAUAGAAUUUAAUGCUAAGAAAAUGUGGCCCCAGUAUUGCCAACGUGAUAAAGAUACAGCCCAGGAAUCAUCUGCAAGCAGCCAGGCAUCCAGCCCCGAAAAUGACGUUCCAGACUCAAUCUUGUCACCCCAGGGCCAAAAUGGAGAUAAGUGGCAAUAUCUGCAUCACGAACUCUCAUCAAAAAUAAAGCUCCCACUCCCUCAGCUUGUGGAGCUUCAGGUUUCCACAAAUAUGGGUAUUCUACCCAGUGUGAGUAUGUAUAACUUUAGAUACCCAACAACUGAAGAACUGAAAACCUACACCACCCAACUUGAAGACCUGCGCCAAGAAGCAAGUAACCUUCAGACACAGGAAAAUAUGACAGAAGAAGCAUGCAUCCAUUUGGAUAAAAAAUUGUUUGAACUAUUCCUGACCCUCAGUCAGUGCCUCAGCAGUGUGGAGGAGAUGCUGGAGAUGCCCAGGCUUUACAGGGAGGAUGGUUCUGGCCAGCAGGUGCACUGCGAGACACUGGCUCUUGAGUUGAAGAAACUUUAUUUAGCACUGAGUGACAAGAAGGGUGAUCUUUUGAAAGCCAUGACUUGGCCUGGCAAGAACACCAACUUGCUCCUUGAAUGUUUUGACAACCUUCAAGUCUGCCUGGAGCACACUCAGGCUGCAGCUGUCUAUAGAAGCAAGUGCCUGAAGGCUGGCCUCGAUUACAACUGCAGUUACCAGAAUGAAAUAAAGAGAUUAUAUGAUCAGCUCAUUAAGAGUAAGACAUCUUUACAACAGUCUUUGAAUGAAAUCAGUGGCCAGAGUGUUGCUGAACAGCUUCAGAAAGCAGAUGGAUAUACAGUGGAGCUGGAGAACGCUGAGAGCCGAGUGGUCAAACUACGAGAUGAAGGGGAGAGGCUUCAUUUACCUUACGUUUUACUCCAGGAGGUUUACAAAUUAGAGGAUGUACUUGACAGUAUGUGGGGAAUGCUAAGAGCCAGGUACACAGAACUCAGCAGUCCUUUCAUCACUGAGAGCCAGCAAGAUGCUUUGUUGCAAGGCAUGGUAGAACUGGUGAAGAUUGGGAAGGAAAAGCUUGCUCAUGACCACUUAAAACAAACCAAAAGUAAAGUGGCGUUACAGGCUCAAAUAGAAAAUCACAAGGUUUUUUUCCAGAAGCUUGUUGCUGACAUGUUGUUGAUCCAAGCAUACUCUGCCAAAGUAUUUCCUUCUUUAUUGCAAAAGAGAGAGACAUUUUGGGCAGAACAAAUAACAGAAGUUAAAAUACUAGAAGAAAAGUCACGCCAACGUGGUAUGAAGCUACGGAGUUUGUUGCAGAAAUGGGAAGAAUUUGAUGAAAACUAUGCAUCUCUUGAAAAGGACCUGGAAAUUCUUAUAUCUACAUUGCCCUCUGUGAGUUUGGUGGAAGAGACAGAGGAAAGAUUAGUGGAAAGGAUUUCGUUUUACCAGCAAAUAAAAAGAAACAUUGGUGGAAAACACGCCCGGCUUUACCAAACUCUGAACGAAGGCAAACAGUUGGUGGCGUCUGUGAGCUGUCCUGAAUUAGAGGGCCAGAUCGCAAAACUGGAAGAGCAGUGGUUGUCCCUGAACAAGAAAAUUGACCAUGAGCUCCACAGGCUGCAAGCACUUCUCAAGCAUCUGCUCAGUUAUAGCAGAGAUUCGGAUCAGUUAACCAAGUGGUUGGAAUCUUCCCAGCAUACUCUGAAUUACUGGAAAGAACAGUCCCUCAAUGUGUCUCAGGACUUGGAUACAAUCAGAAGCAACAUCGACAAUUUUUUUGAGUUUUCAAAAGAAGUUGAUGAAAAGUCCUCCUUGAAGACUGCUGUUAUAAGUACCGGGAACCAGCUUCUUCACCUGAAGGAAACUGAUACAGCUACGCUGAGAGCUUCUUUAGCACAGUUUGAACAAAAAUGGACAAUGCUCAUAACUCAACUUCCAGAUAUUCAAGAAAAACUUCACCAGCUUCAAAUGGAGAAAUUGCCAUCUCGUAAAGCAAUCACAGAAAUGAUUAGCUGGAUGAACAAUGUGGAGCAUCAAACUUCAGAUGAAGACUCCGUGCAUUCACCAAGUUCUGCAUCUCAAGUUAAACAUCUUCUUCAGAAGCACAAGGAGUUUAGAAUGGAAAUGGACUAUAAACAGUGGAUAGUGGACUUUGUUAACCAGUCGUUACUUCAGCUAAGCACCUGUGAUGUAGAAAGCAAGCGCUAUGAAAGAACGGAGUUUGCAGAGCACCUGGGGGAGAUGAACCGCCAGUGGCACCGUGUACAUGGAAUGCUGAAUAGAAAGAUACAACAUUUAGAACAACUUCUGGAAAGUAUCACUGAGAGUGAAAAUAAAAUACAGAUUUUGAACAACUGGAUGGAAGCACAAGAAGAGAGACUGAAAACUUUACAAAAACCGGAAAGUGUGAUCUCAGUGCAGAAGCUGCUCCUGGACUGUCAGGAUACAGAAAGUCAACUUGCAAUUAAAUCCAAAGCACUGGAUGAGUUGAAACAAAGUUAUCUGACUUUGGAGAGUGGGGCAAUGCCAUUGUUAGAAGAUACAGCAUCCCGAAUUGAUGGGUUAUUUCAAAAGAGAAGCAGUGUUCUCACUCAGGUCAAUCAGCUCAAAACCUCCAUGCAGUCGGUUUUACAGGAGUGGAAGAUUUAUGAUCAACUCUAUGAUGAAGUGAAUAUGAUGACAAUCCGAUUCUGGUACUGCAUGGAACACAGCAAGCCUGUGGUGUUAUCAUUGGAGGCCUUGAGAUGCCAGGUGGAGAACCUUCAGUCUCUGCAAGAUGAAGCUGAGAGCAGCGAAGGGAAUUGGGAGAAACUCCAGGAGGUUAUUGGCAAACUCAAAGGUCUCUGCCCCUCUGUUGCUGAAAUAAUCGAAGAGAAAUGCCAAAAUACUCAUAAAAGGUGGACUCAGGUGAACCAAGCUGUUGCAGACCAGUUGCAGAAGGCCCAGAGUCUGCUCCAGCUCUGGAAGGCCUAUAGCAAUGCUCAUGGCGAAGCUACCGCAAGGCUGAAGCAGCAGGAAGCAAAGUUUCAACAGCUCGCAAACAUCAGCAUGUCUGGAAACAACCUGGCAGAGAUCCUGCCCCCAGCCCUGCAGGACAUAAAGGAGCUGCAGCAUGAUGUGCGGAAGACAAAAGAAGCCUUUCUCCAAAAUUCCGGCGUCCUGGAUCGACUCCCACAACCCACAGAGUCCAGCACCCACAUGCUCCUCCCGGGUCCCCUGCACUCCCUCCAAAGGGCUGCUUAUUUGGAAAAGAUGCUGCUUGUGAAAGCAAAUGAAUUUGAGGUUCAUCUUUUCUUUUCAUUCAAUAAAUUUAGUUUAGUAAAUAAAAUGACUGAAAGAAUUAAAUCUGGUCUUAAUCAUGUGCUGGCACUGACAGCCCAGUCACCUGAUAUUGAACAUUUGAAUGAAGUGAGCCUCAGGCUCCCACUUAGUGACGUAGCUGUGAAGACGUUACAAAAUGUGAACCGGCAGUGGAUUCGGGCCACGGCCACGGCACUGGAGCGCUGCAGUGAGCUUCAGGGAAUUGGAUUGAAUGAAAAGUUUCUUUAUUGCUGUGAAAAGUGGAUCCAACUUUUGGAGAAGAUAGAAGAAGCACUCAAAGUGGAUGUGGCUAACAGCCUUCCUGAGCUCCUGGAGCAGCAGAAAACCUAUGAGAUGUUAGAAGCUGAAGUUUCUAUAAACCAGACAAUUGCUGAUUCCUAUGUCACCCAAUCUUUACAACUCCUGGACACAACAGAAAUAGAGAACAGACCAGAAUUUAUUUCAGAAUUCUCAAAGCUGACGGAUCGGUGGCAGAAUGCUGUCCAGGGUGUACGGCAGAGGAAGGGUGACAUUGAUGGGCUGGUGAGGCAGUGGCAGGAUUUCACUACUUCUGUGGAGAUCUUGUUUCGCUUCCUCAAUGACACCAGCCACCUGCUAUCUGCAGUGAAGGGCCAGGAGUGCUUCAGCCUCUACCAAACCAGAAGUCUGAUCCAUGAGCUGAAGAAUAAAGAAAUUCAUUUUCAAAGAUGGCGAACUACCUAUGCCCUAACCGUGAAAGCUGGAGAAAAGUUACUGCUCACAACUGAUCUGGAAACUAAAGAGUCUGUGGGUAGGAGAAUCAGUCAACUUCAGGACAACUGGAAAGACAUGGAGCCCCAGCUGGCAGAGAUGAUUAAGCAGUUCCAGAGCACUGUAGAGACCUGGGACCAGUGUGAAAAGAAAAUCAAGGAGUUGAAAAGCAGGCUGCAAGUUUUAAAGGCACAAAGUGAAGAUCCUCUUCCAGAGCUUCAUGAGGACCUCCAUAACGAAAAAGAGCUGAUUAAGGAACUAGAACAGUCUUUGGCUAGCUGGACUCAGAACUUGAAAGAACUUCAAACUAUGAAGGCAGACUUAACCCGGCACGUUCUCGUGGAAGACGUGAUGGUUUUGAAGGAGCAAAUAGAGCAUUUGCACAGACAAUGGGAGGACCUCUGCUUAAGGGUGGCUAUACGUAAACAGGAGAUUGAAGACAGACUCAAUACAUGGAUUGUAUUCAAUGAAAAAAAUAAAGAGUUGUGUGCCUGGCUGGUGCAGAUGGAAAACAAAGUUCUACAGACAGCGGACAUUAGUAUUGAAGAAAUGAUUGAAAAGUUACAGAAGGACUGCAUGGAAGAAAUAAACUUGUUUAGUGAAAACAAGUUACAGUUAAAGCAGAUGGGUGACCAGCUGAUGAAGGCCAGCAACAAAUCGAGAGCAGCUGAGAUCGAUGACAAGCUCAACAAAAUUAACGAUCGUUGGCAACAUCUUUUUGAUGUCAUCGGAUCAAGGGUGAAGAAGUUGAAGGAGACCUUUGCUUUUAUUCAGCAGUUGGACAAAAACAUGAGCAACCUUCGCACCUGGUUGGCUCGAAUUGAGUCUGAGCUUUCCAAGCCUGUUGUUUAUGAUGUCUGCGAUGAUCAAGAGAUCCAGAAGAGGCUCGCUGAGCAGCAGGAUCUACAGCGAGAUAUUGAACAACACAGCGCAGGGGUGGAGUCUGUGUUUAACAUCUGUGACGUUCUACUGCACGACUCCGAUGCCUGUGCAAAUGAGACUGAGUGCGACUCGAUCCAGCAGACCACCAGGAGCCUGGACAGACGCUGGAGGAACAUUUGUGCCAUGUCCAUGGAGCGGCGCAUGAAAAUCGAGGAGACGUGGCGCCUGUGGCAGAAGUUUUUAGACGACUAUUCCCGCUUUGAGGACUGGCUCAAGUCAGCGGAGAGGACGGCGGCCUGCCCAAAUUCCUCAGAGGUGUUGUACACAAGUGCCAAAGAGGAACUGAAGAGGUUUGAGGCCUUUCAGCGGCAGAUUCACGAGCGGCUCACUCAGCUGGAGCUCAUCAACAAGCAGUACCGGCGGCUGGCCCGGGAGAACCGCACAGACACAGCCAGCCGGCUGAAGCAGAUGGUCCACGAAGGCAACCAGCGCUGGGACAACCUCCAGAGGCGGGUCACGGCCGUCCUGCGGAGACUCAGGCAUUUCACCAACCAGAGGGAAGAAUUCGAGGGCACCAGGGAGAGCAUUCUGGUGUGGCUCACAGAGAUGGACCUGCAGCUGACCAACGUGGAGCACUUCUCAGAGAGCGACGCCGAUGACAAGAUGCGCCAGCUGAAUGGCUUCCAACAGGAAAUUACAUUAAAUACCAACAAGAUUGAUCAGCUCAUUGUGUUUGGGGAGCAGCUGAUUCAAAAGAGCGAGCCCCUGGAUGCCGUGCUGAUUGAGGAUGAGCUGGAGGAGCUCCACCGCUACUGCCAGGAGGUGUUCGGAAGGGUCUCCCGGUUCCACCGGCGGCUCACCUCCUGCACUCCGGGUUUGGAAGAUGAAAAGGAGGCCUCUGAGAAUGAAACGGACAUGGAAGACCACAGAGAGAUCCAGACUGAUUCUUGGCGUAAAAGGGGAGAGAGCGAGGAACCGUCAUCUCCUCAGUCCCUGUGUCAUCUAGUGGCCCCAGGGCACGAGCGGUCUGGCUGCGAGACCCCUGUCAGCGUGGACUCCAUCCCCUUGGAGUGGGACCACACAGGCGACGUGGGGGGCUCCUCCUCUCAUGAAGAGGACGAGGAGGGUCCAUACUACAGCGCACUGUCAGAUGUAGAAAUCCCUGAAAAUCCUGAGGCAUAUCUUAAAAUGACCACAAAAACUUUGAAAGCGUCUUCUGGUAAAUCCAUUUCGGAUGGCCACUCGUGGCAUGUUCCUGACAGCCCUUCCUGUCCCGAGCAUCACUACAAGCAAAUGGAAGGUGACAGGAAUGUUCCACCUGUUCCCCCCGCAUCCAGCACCCCUUAUAAACCACCCUACGGAAAGCUGCUAUUACCGCCAGGCACGGAUGGUGGCAAAGAAGGCCCGCGAGUCUUGAAUGGCAGUCCACAGCAGGAAGACGGGAGACUGGCCGGUGUCACAGGGCAGCAGUCAGGUGCCUUUGACAGAUGGGCGCUGAUUCAAGCACAAGAGCUUCACAAUAAACUCAAAAUAAAACAAAAUUUGCAACAGCUGAACUCUGAUAUCAGCGCCAUCACCACUUGGCUGAAAAAAACUGAAGCAGAGCUGGAAAUGUUAAAGAUGGCAAAGCCUCCCUCUGAUAUCCAGGAAAUAGAACUGAGUGUGAAGAGACUGCAGGAGAUAUUGAAAACCUUUGACACCUACAAGGCAUUAGUGGUCUCUGUCAACGUGAGCAGCAAGGAAUUUCUGCAAACCGAGAGCCCCGAAUCCACAGAGCUCCAAAGUAGACUCCGCCAGCUGAGCCUGCUCUGGGAAGCGGCACAGGGCGCAGUGGACAGCUGGAGAGGGGGCUUACGACAGUCGCUCAUGCAGUGCCAGGACUUCCACCAGUUGAGUCAAAAUCUGCUGCUGUGGUUAGCGAGUGCCGAGAACCGGAGGCAGAAGGCUCAUGUCACCGAUCCGAAGGCCGACCCCCAGGCUCUCCUGGAGUGUCGGAGGGAACUAAUGCAACUGGAAAAGGAGCUGGUAGAACGUCAGCCUCAAGUGGACUUGCUGCAGGAGACUUCAAACAGCCUUCUCAUUAAGGGACAUGGAGAAGACUACAUUGAAGCUGAAGAAAAGGUGCAUGUUAUUGAGAAGAAACUCAAACAGUUACGAGAGCAAGUGUCCCAAGAUUUAAUGUCCUUGCAGGGAACCCAGAACCCAACCCCACCCCUGCCCAGCUUCGAUGAGGUAGACUCAGGGGACCAGCUUCCCACGGCAUCCGUGCCAGCUCCCCGAGCAAAGUUCAGAGCAGCGAGAACUACAGAAGGCGAGGAGGAGACAGAGAGCAGGGUCCCCGGCAGCACACGACCACAGCGCUCCUUCCUCUCGAGGGUGAUCCGGGCAGCCCUGCCCCUGCAGCUGCUGCUCCUGCUGCUGCUGCUCCUGGCCUGCCUUCUGCCCUCUUCCGAAGAAGACUACAGCUGCACUCAGGCAAACAACUUUGCCCGGUCUUUUUACCCCAUGCUGAGGUACACCAACGGGCCACCCCCGACAUAGAGGACGUAGCUGGCCACAGGCCACACCACCUGCCUGAUUGCUAAGGGUGCCCAGCACGUGGCCCCAGACCAAUCUGAGUGACUUAGUGUUGGCAAGGUCCGGGGACCUAUGCAGACACCUUCUUCUGGGCUUGCCCGGCACGCUCUCUGAAAGCCCAGGGCAGCUUUCAAAUCGUGUUCCUCCCCAGGGGCAGGGAACCUGUGCGGCAGUUGCCCCGGGUAUUUUGGCAAAACUAGUUGAUUGGUUUAGGGAUCUCUGGAAAUGUCAAUUUCCUGAAGAGCCAAGCACUUUGUGAAUUCUGGUUUAUUUGUAAAACAGCAUUAUUAUAAUGUAGGUAUGGUCAAUGAGCAGUGGUGUCCCUCACGUAUAUUAUAGAAGCAAGCGAGCACAUUCCACCCUAGAAAUGGUUCAGAAACUCGUAGGCACCCUUAGCUGAUGGAAACAAUCACAUUUAAUAUGUUUAGAAUCAGUUUUACUCCAAUCAGCUGGCAAUUUUGAGCUACCAGUUAUACACCAAAAUGUUCUGUUCAGUACCUAGCUCUGCUCUUUUAUAUUGCUUUAAAUUUUUUAAGAAAUUAUAUUGCAUGGAUGUGGUUAUUUGUGCAUAUUUUUUAACAAUGCCCAAUCUGUAUGAAUAAUGUAAACUUCGAUUUUUUUAAAAAAUCAGAUUUUAGCUGGAGCUUUUGACUAAUGUACAGUAAAUGCCAAACUACCGACUUGAUAGAGAUGUUUUUGUAAGUUAAAUUUUCUAAGACUUUUUCACAUCCAAAGUGAUGCUUUGGGUUUUAACCGUUUGGCCACGGCAGGGGUUUGGGUUGAGGGGGUGGGGGUUGGUACGGAAACUUGAAGCUGUUUGUGAUAUGUACAACUCAGAUGUUUCUCAUUAAAAAACAAAAUUAGCCAGA